GGCUACUUACUGCACUUUAUCGUGUCGGUAACAAAGCACGAUCGACCGACCGAGGGAGCGUCUUUGUGGAACAACCCACUGGCAGCAGACGUUCACCACAACCACACCACCCUACAACAACCUCCACCACCACGCAAGUGCAGUGGGCACAUUGACCAGCAAGCCAGUCAGUCAGCCAGUCAACGACGACGACGACGACAGCAGCACUAGCAGCACCACUAGUACCAGCAACGAACCAGCAACGAGCCAGCAGCCAUGUCCAAGUACUUGCCACCCUAUCUGUUGAACUUGUUCAAACCCAGACCGCCUUUGCCACAAAUUCCAGAGAAGGACCUGGCACCAGAACCUCACGAGAGGACAUACAAUCAGCCUUUGUCUGGGGUGGCAACCUAUGUGAGCAAGUUCGAGGAUCCAAAGGAUGCCCCAAAAGCUGAGCCCACCUUGAACAAAGCAGAGCGCAAGGCAAAGAAGCGCCAGGCCGCGGAGGAAAAGAACAAAGUGGUGCUGGAGAAAGCGCGUGAUGAAUGGGACCCUGAGAAGGAUCCAAACGCUCAGGGCGAUGCAUACAAGACGCUCUUCGUCGGCCGACUGAACUACGACGUGACGGAAGACGACCUCCUUAAGGAAAUGGAGUCAUACGGCAAAGUCCGACAGGUGGCGGUGGUGCGCGACAAAAUCAGCGGCAAACCGCGCGGAUACGCGUUUGUGGAGUUUGAACACGAACGCGACAUGCGAGCUGCGUACCGGUAUGCGGAUGGGAUGCGCCUCAAUGGGCGGCGCAUCGUUGUCGACUUUGAGCGCGGCCGCACCGUCGACGGCUGGUUCCCCCGCAGACUCGGCGGCGGGCUCGGUGGGACGCGCAUUGGCGGGCCGGACCAGAACAUCAAGGCCUCGGGCCGCUACGAUCCAAACAAGCACCGCAGAAUAGCAGAGGUCCCCUCCCACGACGACUCGCGAAGCCGGCGCCGCGACGACGAUUCGCGCAGUAGCAGGCGCUCCCGCUCCCGCCAGCGUUCUCGCUCCCGUGACCGUGACCGUGACCGUGAUCGUGAUCGUGAUCGUGAUCGUGACCGUCGCAGCCGGCGAGAGCGUUCACGUUCGCGUUCGCGGGAUCGGGAUCGCCGCCGUUCGCGCUCGCCGGGCCGCCGCUCCUCCCGCUACGACAGGUACUGAUGUGACCAAGGUCCGCCAGGCCCCGCCACAUGUCAAUGUGCUGAGUGCUUCUUCACCCUGCUUGCGGCUGGUCGUUGCGUUGUGUUGCGUUGUGUGGUGGCGUGUCGUCAGUUGUGGUGGCGUGUUGUGUAGAGUGUUGUUGGUCGUGUUGGUGUGUUGGACCUUCCUUUUUGUUUUGUCCACGCAGCUUGUGCCAUUCAUGUGUUGCCGAGUUUUAUUGGCAUUGCUCUGCGCGCUGUGUCAGAACAGUGCGGCUGACGUGCUCGUCCAUUGAAACCAAGUUGAUGUCCCCCAACAACGCGUGCACGCCCA